CAAAUGUCAUCGUGUAAUGUUACUGGGGCAGCUGCAGUCAAAAUGAAAAUAUUUUGAUUAGAAAAUUGUUUUUGUUAUUUUCUGUUAAUUUUUAAGCCAAAACUUCAAAAUGAAUAGCAUCGGUUGGGCGAUACUAUUUAAGACUGGAUGUUUCUGUACCCGUGAACAAUUAACAAUAAAUGGGGCGAAGUAUACGGUUCUAGAUAACAUUGCUACAGGUGGUUUCAGUAUGAUCGACCUCGUAGAGAACAAUACAACACGAACAAAAUUUGCACUUAAACGAAUUACGUGUCACAGUAUCGAUGACCAGGACAUCGCGUUAAAAGAAAUCGAACUGAUGAGCAGAAUCAACAGUGAAAAUGUAAUACGAGUCAUAGAUCAUGCGGUAACCGGCCAGGCUGAUAUAGUCGUCAAUGCAACCAGUGAAGUGUACAUUGUGUUACCGUACUAUAAGAACGGUUCCCUGCAAGAUCACCUGAACUUUCGGGCCAGAAACAAAGACUGUAUGCCAGAAGGUCAAAUAUUGCAAUUAUUCCUAGGAAUUUGUGAAGGACUGCGUGCCUUUCACGAAGCUCAACCGGAGCCGUUGGCUCAUCGUGAUUUAAAGACGGCAAACAUUUGUUUGUCCAAUGGAAUGGAACCGAUCAUCGUCGAUUUGGGAUCGGCUGCAGUAGCUCGAGUACAGAUACGCGGCCAGCAAGAGGCUCAAAAAUUGAAAGACUUGGCCGAGGAGCGUUGUUCGAUUGUUUAUAGGGCGCCGGAAUUGUUCAGCGUAGAAAGUUACUGUAUGAUUGAUGAACGAACCGAUAUUUGGAGCCUUGGAUGUAUUUUGUAUGCAAUGUGUUCGCCAACAGCUAAGUGUCCUUUCGAUCCGAUUUAUGAAAAAGGUGAUUCAGUUGCUUUGGCAGUUUUGAGUGGUAACAUUACCUUUUCCGACGACUGGCCUUAUUCACAGGACAUGCAAAAUUUGAUUACGUUUAUGCUUCGCAUCAAUCCAAUGGAACGACCGUUUGUUUAUAGCGUUAUUGAGAGGACGAAUGAUUUGAUUGGAAAGCUUGAGAGUCGAAUUUAAAAUAAGAUUCAUGUUACGCGCCGUGAUAUGUUGGUAAGAAAUAAAACAAAUUUUCUAAAAAUUA